AUGGCAUCAACCACUUCACGAUGGUGGCAGUGGGGUUUUCUUCACCACUCCGGCCAAAGAACGCUCCUGCAACAUUAUAUCAUCACAACAUACGAGCACCAACACCACAACACGGCCAUAGCCACCCUUCACGGUGCCCAAUGGCAGCAUAAAAGCAUUCCCGGUGACAGCCAUCAUGGCUGGUUGCCAUGGUGGUCUUCUUGCGUUCUCCACCCAACCUUUCACCUACACAUACCUGCGGUGACCACUGAAACAGGCUCAAACACCACGACAUGGCUGAGAUACAAAAACACACACAACACUGCCACUCAUAGGGUGGUUUGCGGCGACCUGGAAAGGGUAUCGUCGAAAUGCGAUAACCAUCGGGCGGAGAUGGCGACACACAUGAGGGAAAUGGAAGAAGAACGAGAGAGAGGGAAAGGGUUUGCCAUUCCCAGAGAAGGUAGAUGCACAACGACCCUGACGUCGGCCUUCAAUCAUAUAUUUGUAGACGACAAAACAGCAACGAUAGUGCUCCGCUCAAUUGGUGGCUCAACUGGUCGGAAGAACUGGAUCAUAGGUGGUGGUGUUUCGAUAGCUGGCGAUGCCAGAGGUGGAUGGGAGGUAUAA